UCCAAGACGUACAAAUUCAUCUGUAGGAGUGGAAAAAGAAGGUGAGACAUGGUUUGAGUCUUCACAUAAAAUGUGAUAAAAAUAUUCUGUGUGAGAUACCGCUCACUCUAUUGACUGGGGAGGAAUGCACCACAGAGUCAAUCAUGUCUCUUGUUUCAUCUCUUUCCUAGUGAUCCGUCACCAUGAGUACGGACGCGGAGAUGCAAAUCUACGGCAAGGCUGCCAUGUACCUUCGUAAACCCGAGAGGGAGAGGAUUGAGGCACAAGCCGCACCCUUUGAUUCAAAGAACGCCUGCUAUGUGACAGACGUCAAGGAGCUGUACCUUAAGGGUCUGAUCAUUGGCAGGACAGAGGGAAAGUGUACUGUAAAAGUCACGAAUCCUGACGGCACUACAAUGGUAAGUCCAAUCUGAAAAGUAUUCAAAUUCAAGUUUGUGCAAUUACACUAUUAAAAAAUAUAUAUAUAUAUUUCAAAAUGAUCAAAAACAUGCCACAAGUCAAUAUGAAAUCAUUAACAAAAGAUUAAGAAGCAUUUUUCUUUUUUUAACAGAAUAUUUUUAACCCUCAAACAAAACACUUUUAUUGAACUAUUUAAAAACGGCAUGGAGUUAUUGAUAUUGACUAGUCAAGAAUCACCAUGUAUGUGUCAGUGGGGAUUUAAAAAAAUCAUUUUUUAACAUUUUAGUCAUUUAGCAGACGCUCUUAUCCAGAGCGACUUAAGUGUUUUUUUAAAUUAUUUUUUAUACUGGCCCCCCGUGGGAAUCGAACCCACAACCCUGGCGUUGCAAGCACCAUGCUCUACCAACUGAGCUACACGGGACCAAGAUUGAACUUGUAUUCAAUGAGCAAAAAGCAUUCAGUCAUGUCCAGUUUGAUCCGUGUGUAAUCUAGAUUUCUGACCGUUUCAGGAUAAAGAGUUCAAAGAAGCAGACAUCUACCAGAUGAACCCCCCUAAGUACGACAAGAUUGAGGACAUGGCCAUGAUGACCUACCUGAAUGAAGCCUCUGUGUUGUAUAACCUCAAAGAGCGUUAUGCAGCAUGGAUGAUUUAUGUAAGAAACCUGCAUAAACAUACACACAUACUGUAAAUGAACAUAAGAAAUUCCCACAUGCAUGAACACACAAACAGUACUACACAGAAAUGAACGGUAGAAACCAAAACAUACCAAUACAGUAGAUCCACAUUAGUAUAUCAAAGCACACCCUCAUCCUCACAUAAAUCCCUUAAUUUCAUUGAAUCCCUUUCAUCCAGACCUACUCUGGGCUCUUCUGUGCCACGGUGAACCCCUACAAGUGGCUCCCCGUGUAUGACGAAGAUGUUGUCAACGCCUACAGAGGGAAGAAGAGGAUGGAGGCUCCACCCCAUAUCUUCUCCGUCUCUGACAACGCCUUUCAGUUCAUGAUGAUUGGUACGAGCUCUCAUGGAUGGAUGGAUAGAUAGAUAGAUGGAUGGAUGGAUGGAUAAAUUAAUGAAUGGAUGGAUGCAAAAAAAUAUAUAUAAAAAAAUAACACUUAACCAGUACUUCUAGCCCUGACUCUACUGACAGCUACCUUAUUGAGGAAAAAUGUACUUUCUAUGCCUGUAAUGUGUGGUUGUCACUCCCAGCUAUCUUAAGAUGAAUGCACUAACUGUAAAUCGCUCUGGAUAAGAGCAUCUGCUAAAUGACUAAAAUGUAAAAUGUAAAUGGAUGCAUGGAUGGAUGCAUGGAUGGAUGGAUGCAUGGAUGGAUGGUAUUCACUGUUUUCUAGUUAAAGCAGUUUGCUGGGAAUAUUUGAUUUCACUAGACUUAAAUGGAAAAUGUACCAAAAAAUGAAAUUCAUGAUGAUGCUUAUGAAUGCAAUUAUGUACCCAUAAUGUUGCUUGAGUAUAAUAAGGAACAUGUUUUUUGGUUCUAGAUAAGGAGAACCAGUCCGUCCUGAUUACGUAAGUUAUUUACUAUAAUUCCACUUGAGAAGAUGUUUCUAUUGUAAUAUGUUGGGUCACUUGGUGUUAUAAAAUACAUUACAUUAUGAAUGGAUUAGGUCACUUGGGUGUGAUGAAAAUAUACUGAACAAAAAUAUAAACGCAACAUGUAAAGUGUAGGUCCCAUGUUUCAUACGCACAAAAAGCUUAUUUCUCUUAAAUUCUGUGCACAAAUUUGUUUAGAUCCCUGUUAGUGAGCAUUUCUCCUUUGCCAAGAUAAACCAUCCACCUGACAAGUGUGGCAUAUCAAGAAGCUGAUUAAACAGCAUGAUCAUUACACAGGUGCACCUUGUGCUGGGGACAAUAAAAGGCCACUCUAAAAUGUGCAGUUUUGUCACACAACACAAUGCCACAGAUGUCUCAAGUUUUGAGGGUGUGUGCAAUUGGCAUUUUGACUGCUGCAGAAAUGCCCACCAAAGCAGCUGCCAGAGAAUUUAAUGUUCAUUUCUCUACCAUAAGCAGUCUCCAACAAGUUUUAGAGAAUUUGGUAGUAUGUCCAACCGGCCUCACAACAGCAGACCACAUGUGUAACCAUGCCAGCCCAGGAUCACAUCCGGCUUCUUCACCAGCGGGAUCUUCUGAGACCAGCCACAGCUGAUGAAACUGAGGAGUAUUUCUGUCUGUAAUAAAGCCCUUUUGUGGGGAAAAACUCAUUCUGAUUGGCUGGGCCUGGCUCCCAAGUGGGUGGGCCUAUGCCCUCCAAGGCCCACCCAUGGCCUAAUUCAUCUUUUUUGCAAUUUACUGAUUUCCUUAUAUGAACGGUAACUCAGGAAAAUCGUUGAAAUCGUUGGAUGUUGCAUUUAUAUAUGUGUUCAGUAUACAUGGCAUUAUGAAUGGAUUAGACUGUGCGUAAUAAUGAGUCGAUGAGUGGAAAUAUUCUAACUUAUGUUAGAAAACAGGUGAACAGUGUAUUUGUCAGUGCUAUUUCUUAGCAAAAGCCAAUAUGACACUUAAACCCAUCAUUCUCGGUCAUAUAAACCAGUGGAGAAUCCGGUGCAGGAAAGACUGUCAACACCAAGCGUGUCAUCCAGUACUUCGCCACCAUUGCAGUUUCUGGUGUCAAGAAGGAAGUAGACCCCACCAAAAUGCAGGUAGGUUAUGCCUUUUUAACAUAUUUCAGUUUGGUGGGCUGUGUAAAAAAAAAAUUCAAGUGCUGAAUACUGUUUUAAGUAAAGUGUUUCCCAGUUUCUGAGCAACUUGUGUUUUUUCUCAAAUCAGGGGUCUCUUGAAGAUCAGAUCAUUGCAGCUAACCCUCUGCUGGAGUCUUACGGUAAUGCCAAGACAGUGAGGAACGACAACUCGUCUCGCUUCGUAAGUAUGAAGAAUUGACUGUGGAAGUACGUUAUAUUGGGUGGAAAAAUGUCAGUAGUUCCCUAUAGUUGUAUCAAUAGAUGUCCAACGAACUGUAACAUUUCAAGGGGUCUAUCAAAGUAAAAUGGUAGAUUUAUUUAGUUGACCUAUUUCUAACCCCCAUGCUCUACUAUAGGGUAAAUUCAUCAGGAUUCACUUCCAAGGAGGCAAACUGGCUAAAGCUGACAUUGAGACCUGUGAGUUGGUUUUGAUUGUUUCUCAAUGCUUUCCUUAAAGACUUGCUCCGGAACUUUGAAGACUAGGAAGUCUUUUUUAAAUCUCGCGCUUUGGACUGGAUGUGUCUAUGUGUAGUAGACUAGCAAGUAUUUUUUAAAUCUCGUGCUUUGGGCUGGAUGUGUCUAUGUGUAGUUUAUACAUGCACAAUCUGUCUUAACUUAAUUAGCCAGGAAAUCCCUAGUUUUAAAGUGACUUUUUUCUGGAUGCGCCUUUGUCCCUACAUUUUCCCCCAGGUGGGCCAGCCCCCUAGCAAUUGAAGUUUCAGCCAAUGAGCUUCAGCCCUUCGCCAUUUGAGUGACAGCUAGCAAGUUGCACACACAGCAGAGCGAAAGAGAGAGUAAUGACUUGGUGCACAUAUCUGCACAUAUGUGAGGUAGUACGUAAUUUUCGGGGACCAUUUUUGACUCGUGAGUGAUAAUUUCAGAACUACUGACUAUAAAGUAUACAAAAGUACCGGAGAAUCUUUUUAAUUCACACAGCAUAUUUCGAGGAGAUCACAUCAUCAGAUAUAAUAUUUUUCUAUCACUUGUUCUCUUUCUCUCUCAGACCUGCUGGAGAAGUCCAGAGUGGCCUUCCAGCUGCCCGCUGAGCGAGGCUACCAUAUCUUCUACCAGAUGAUGACCAACCACAAACCUGAGCUAGUUGGUAAGGCAAAGUAGAGGUUUAUGUGAAAUUAUUCCCACCCCCAUCUGUGGAACUUAUUAAACAUUUUCAUACUCCACACUGUUAAUAUUAUUACAAUGACUACAUCCAAGGUAACAAGGCAUCUAAACAUGGGUCAGGUCUUUCAAGGUCUUUCAUGGGAAAGAUCUAUCAAGUAAUGCACUGUGAUGCACUAGUCCUGGAGCCUCAGUCCCCUCUUUUGAUGCUAUGUAUUAUAUACUACAUGUAUCCUUGAGUCCAUCUAUUGAGUAAAGGAGGGAGAGAUACUGUAAAGGUAGGACAGCACAAUUCUAAGAGAUUUAACUGACAAACCAUUAUCCGUUGUCCACAGAAAUGACGCUCAUCACCACCAACCCCUACGACUUCCCCAUGAUCAGCCAGGGUCAGGUCACUGUGGCCAGCAUCGACGACAAGGUCGAGCUGGAUGCCACAGAUGUGAGUCAUACAAAGUGUUAACCAAACUCUAGAUAUGGAAUGGGUAGGAUCACCAUACACACUGAAUGCACUGUGCAAUUCCAACUUGGUGGCAGCUGGGCACCUUGUGUUAGUUAGGCACGUGCUUCAAGGCACUCUUCAUGCCUUCACUCUUCGCCUUGAGGCACAUACCUGUAAGACAUCCACAAGAGACUGCCACUAUAUGCCCUGUGGAACUGUGUAAAACUAAUUUUGUGCUGCCAUAUACUAGUGUGUUGGCCAAGAGCAAUCAUGUGGAACAGAGAAGCCAGUCAAUUGUAUCCAUCCCAUUUGUUCUGGACUGAACACAGAACGGUAGUGUACUGUAACUGAGCAAACUGCCGUUCAGUUCUUCACGGUUGUACUUCCUCUCUAAUGCCAGGAUGCCAUUACAAUCCUGGGCUUCUCUAAUGAUGAGAAGAUGGCCAUCUACAAGCUGACAGGAGCUGUAAUGCACCAUGGCAACUUGAAAUUCAAGCAGAAGCAGCGUGAGGAGCAGGCCGAGCCAGACGGCACAGAGGGUGAGUCCCACUCAAAGAUAUACAAUAUGGAAAGCAUUAGUCCCUUUCCCAGUCCCAAACAUAUAAAUAGAACACAUAAGACAGACAGGCAUGAGAUAAAAACUCAAACCCCCGGAAAAUGAUUUUAAAUAAUAGAUGUGGGUUCAAAUCUAAACCUAACCUACAAAAGAGCUGGCCAAACUAUUUUGUCAGUUUGACAUCAGAAACAAGUGAUCUGUUGUUGUUGGCUCUCUCUCCAGUUGCUGAUAAAAUCGGCUACCUGCUGGGCCUGAACUCAGCUGAGUUGCUGAAAUGUCUGUGCUACCCCAGAGUGAAGGUCGGCAACGAGUACGUGACCAAGGGACAGACUGUGCCUCAGGUAAGGCGGUCAAACACAGCAUCAAACAUCUACCAUUUUCUAACGACCUGAAUUAUUUUGGGGAUGAGUGCAUUGCUUUCUAAAAAUAGUAAUGUUGUUUUCCCAAGCGCUUAUCGCCUUAUCACUAGACAUGGCCAAUAUCUCCUGUAAUAAUUUGAGUUAUUAUCAUUGCAGGUUUAUAACGCAGUCAUGGCUCUGGCCAAGUCCAUCUACGAGAGGAUGUUCUUGUGGAUGGUCAUCCGUAUCAACGAGAUGUUGGACACCAAGAAUCCAAGGCAGUUCUAUAUCGGUGUGCUCGAUAUUGCCGGGUUUGAGAUCUUUGAUGUGAGUAUGAGACCAGAACAAGACAAUUAGUUGUGAUUAAGAAGGAUUACAGCCUUGUAUAAUGAAAUUAUCCCUUUUGAAAUUCCACCAACAGUACAACAGCAUGGAGCAGCUGUGCAUCAACUUCACCAAUGAGAAACUGCAACAGUUUUUCAACCACACCAUGUUCGUCCUGGAGCAAGAGGAGUACAAGAAGGAGGGAAUCGUCUGGGCCUUCAUUGACUUCGGCAUGGACUUGGCUGCCUGCAUUGAGCUUAUUGAGAAGGUAAGUUAUCGAGAGAUAUAUUCACAGUGGUACAAUGUAUCUGACUGUUGAGAACUCAAUAGGUUUCCUAUUUUGUGCCCCUAAAUGAAUAGAAUCCUAUAAAAGCAUGUUUGCAAAAGGAAUAAAUGUGAUCCUAAAUGUAAAUAUCAAUCAUUUGAUAUACAUCUCUUUUUGUAAAGCCAUUGGGCAUCUUCUCCAUCCUUGAAGAGGAGUGCAUGUUCCCCAAGGCGUCAGACACUACCUUCAAGAACAAGCUGAACGACCAACAUCUUGGCAAAACCAAGGCAUAUGAGAAGCCCAAGCCUGCCAAAGGCAAGGCAGAGGCCCACUUCUCCCUGGUGCACUACGCCGGCAUUGUGGACUACAACAUCACUGGCUGGUUGGAGAAGAACAAGGACCCCCUGAACGACUCAGUUAUUCUGAUGUACGGGAAGUCCUCAGUCAAACUGAUGGCUACCCUGUAUCCUGCUGCCCCACCUGAGGGUAAGACCAGCAUCACGUCAACAUAUUUAAUUAAGCCCUAGUUACAACUCAGACCCACAUUGUCUUUAAAGCCUUUGAAUGUAUCACAAUUUCUCAGGGUUAUUCACUGGGUUAAUUUACACAUACAAUAGGUGUUAUUUUACACAAUCUCAUUGGUAGUGUUUGCAUUUGAUUCUCUUAUUUAUAAUUAUAUUUUACUUUUCCACAUUUGAACAGAUACAACCAAGAAAGGAGGCAAGAAGAAGGGUGGUUCCAUGCAGACUGUGUCUUCCCAGUUCAGGGUGAGCUCUUGAAAUGUGUAUAUUCAGUCCUUCAAAAGGUGCAUUGAUUAUCAUAAAUUAUUUAUGAGAAAAUGGUUUGUAACCCUCUUACAGGAGAACUUACAAAAGCUGAUGACCAACUUGAGGAGCACUCAUCCUCACUUUGUGCGCUGCCUGAUCCCCAACGAGUCAAAGACUCCAGGUCCCGAAAUAUUGCGUUAAAUAUUACAUCUUAUCAAUACAGUAUGAGUAACCUUAAUGAGUCCAAUAUUUAAUCUGUUUAUGUGUAUUAAAAGAGACUUGGUUUGUUUUACCAGGUCUGAUGGAGAACUUCCUGGUUAUCCACCAGCUCAGGUGUAAUGGUGUUCUGGAGGGUAUCAGGAUCUGCAGAAAGGGCUUCCCCAGCAGAAUCAUCUACGCUGACUUCAAGCAGAGGUACACACACACAAACACAAAUGCACACACGCACAACAACAACACACACACACACACGCACACACACACAGAAAGAUCUGCUCCAAGAGUUUUCCCAGCAUCAGAAUAGCUAUUUCAUGUGCAUUCGGAAAGUUCAGACCCCUUGACUUUUUCCACAUUUUGCUACUUUACAGCCUUAUCCUAAAAUUGAUUUUUUCCCCUCAUCAGUCUACACACAAUACCCCAUAAUGACAAAGCAAAAACAGGUUUUUAGAAAUGUUUGUGCCAGGUUUCCUCCAGACGUGACGCUUGGCAUUCAGGCCAAAGAGUUCAAUCUUGGUUUCAACAGACCAGACAAUCUUGUUUCUCAUGGUCUGAGAGUCUUUAGGUGCCUUCUGGAAGGUUCUCCCAUCUCCACAGAGGCACUCUGGAGCACUGUCAGAGUGACCAUCGGGUUCUUGGUUACCUCCCUGACCAAUGCCCUUCUCCCCCGAUUGCCCAGUUUGGCCGGGCGGCCAGCUCUUGGAAGAGUGUUGGUGGUUCCAAACUUCUUCCAUUUAAGAAUGAUGGAGGCCACUGUGUUCUUGGGGACCUUCAAUGCUGCAGACAUUUUUUGGUACCCUUCCCCAGAUCUGUGCCUUGACACAAUCCUGUCUUGGAGGUCUACGGACAAUUCCUUCGACUUCAUGGCUUGGUUUUUGCUCUGACAUGCACUGUCAACUGUGGGACCUUAUAUAGACAGGUGUGUGCCCUCCAAUCAAGUUGUAGAAACAUCUCAAGGAUGAUCAAUGGAAACAGGAUGCACCUGAGCUCAAUUUCGAGUCUCAUAUUAAAGGGUCUGAAUACUUAUGUGAAUAAGGCAUCUGUUUUUUCUAUUUUUAAUACAUUUGCAUACAUUUCUGAAAACAAUUUUUGCUUUGUCAUUAUCGAAUAUUCUGUGUAGAUUGAUGAGAACAAUAUUUUUUGGAAUACAUUUUAGAAUAAGGCUGUAACGUAACAAAAUAUGGAAAAAGUCAAGGGGUCUGAAUACUUUCCGAAUGCACUGUAUAACCAACCUAUUACAACUUCACAUAAGUUAAAAAUGUCUCCUCAUUCAGGUACAAAGUACUGAAUGCCAGUGUCAUCCCCGAGGGCCAGUUCAUGGACAACAAGAAGGCUUCUGAGAAGCUACUUGGGUCCAUUGACAUAAAUCACGACGAUUACAAGUUUGGACACACCAAGGUCAGUCAAAUACCCCCAGCAAAAGCUGACAACAAAACACAACUUCAAUGAUAAUUCCAACCCUAACUGUUCAACAUCUCACCAGUAUCUUCAUUUAACUAAUGAAAAAGGUUGGAAAACUAUUUUUACUCACAUCUAAGUAUAGAAACUCAACUCAUUAUCAUGUUGCAUUGGUUUAGAGUGAUUUGGUUGCAGUUAUCUGUAUCUGUGUUCAUUAUUCAUCUGCAACUGUACAAUAACUUACAACUUAGAAACAGCCUAUGCAAUGUUUAUGUUGUUCAAAUCAAUCCAGUGGUGUUGUUGCCCUGUUUUGAUCCAACCCUUUCUAUCUGUAACCAUCUGACUGUGGUUCCAAUGUUCCAUGUUUACCUGUGCCUCAGGUGUUCUUCAAAGCCGGUCUGCUGGGUGUCCUGGAGGAGAUGAGAGAUGAGAAGCUGGCCGUUUUGAUCGGCAUGGUCCAGGCUCUCAGCCGUGGAUUCCUCAUGAGGAAAGAGUUCACCAAGAUGAUGGAGAGGAGGUGAGGAAUAGUAGACUUAUUUUUUUUUUCAUUGUUUUUUCACCAUUCAGCUCCCCUCAACCCAUACCAUCUAUUUCUGAACGCCAUCCAGUUUUGAUUUCUAUUAGCCAUAUAUUUUUUAACUAUGCGGUUUCACAAAAGUCCUGAACCUUUCUAGUCUCAUAGUUUCUACAGAUUGUCAAUUAAAGAUAUAAUGUUUUGCUAAGAGUAUUAUUAUUUUAUUGAUCGAUUGACUAUGACUUUGCAGAGUUAGCUCCAAGUAAAUGUGGCAAUUUUUCAGCCAUUCCUGAACCUGCGACCAAAAACAAGCUACAUAUGGGCAGUACCAAAACAAGUGAUCUAAUGAUUCUGUCUCUUCGCAGAAAAAUCUGCAGAGCUUAGAUGGUUGUAUCUCCCAUACAUAUAACAUUCUGUUGGUUGCAAGAAUAAUGUGUAAUAAUUUUAGUUUUGAAUCUGGCGUCUUUCACAAACUUUUGAAUUGAAUUGAAAAUCGAAAAUCUCCUCCCAACUAUGUUGCAACAUGUAUGGCGCAGCUGUCCAUUUUUUGGUUCUUAGAUUAAACUUUUUUAUUCAUCACGAUUUGCUUUAGGCAAUUUUGGUCUUUAAUGCCGACAGACAAGUUCCUUACCUUUUCCCCUUUACACUGCGGUAAUGCUGCAAUCAGUUGGUUGUAAUUUUGGAUAGAGAAGACAUUUCCAUAUAUUUUUGUUAACAGCAUGUCACCAGUCCUAUUUGUGAUAUCAUUUACAAAGAUUAUACUUUUUUUUCUGAUUUAAAAAAUAAAUAAAUAAUCAAUUAGUAUUUUUGAGUUUAACCAUAAUAUUUCUUGUAAUAUUUGUUUGGUCUUUUCUGGUGGAUUAAACUGAAAUAGCAGCCAACUUUCUAUUGCUUGUUUUAAAAAUAGCGAUAGUUUGGAAAUGAUUUCAUUUUCAAUUAACCGAAAGUGAGAGGUUGUAAUCUGAAUAAAGGGAAACAGGCCAGUCUUGAACACGGGGUGAGCCAUUCUUACUAAUCUACAAGAAAACCAGUUCGGAUUUAAGUGUAGCUUUUGUAUGACUGAAGCCUUUAGUGAGUGAGACGUCUAACGCUUUAAUAUUUAAUUGUUUCUGCCCUCCGAAUUCAUAUUCAUUAUAUAAAUAGGCCCGUUUAAUUUAGUCUCGCUUCCCCAUUCCAAAUAAAAUUGAAUAUUUUUGACUCAUAUCAUUUUUAAAAACAAGUCGUUGGGUGUAGGCCAUAAGUAAAUAGGUAAACUGGCAUAUGACUAAAGAGUUAAUCAGGGUGAUUUUCCCACAAAUAGACAGCUGUUGUCCUUUCCAUGGUAGCAAAAUCUUGUCUAAUUUCUAUUCAAAUGUAUUGUAGUGAGAUCGUUUAUUUUUUGUUCAGGGUAUAAAUACCUAGUAUGUCCACUUCACCGUCUGACCAUUGUAUUGGUAAACUACACGUUAAUGUAAACGUUAACAUUUUUUGAGAUCCAAUACGUAAUAUGGUACACUUAUCAUAAUUCGAUUGUAAUCCAGAGAGUUUAGAAAAAUUAUCUAGAUCCUCUGAGGCUGUGGAGGGAUCCAACUUGUGGUAUUAAAAGAAAACAUGAAUCAUCAGCGUACAAUGACACCUUUGUUUUUAAGCCCUGGAUUUCUAGCCCCUUUGAUAUUAUUGUUGGAUCUGAUUUUAAUAUCUAACAUCUCGAUGGCCAUAAAAAAUAGAUAUGCCGAUUAUGGACAACAUUGUUUUACUCCUAUUGACAAUUUAAUACUUUCUGAGAAGUAGCCAUUAUUUACUAUUUUACACCUAGGGUUACUAUACAUAACUUUAACCCAUUGUAUAAGAGAUUCUCCAAAAUUAAAAUAGUCCAGGCAUUUAUAUAUCAAUUCCAGUCAUACUUUAUCAAAAGCCUUUUCAAAGUCUGCUAUGAAUAGUAGGCCUGGUUUCCCAGAUUUGUACUUGUCUUAUAUUAUCUCCAAUGUAUCGUCCAUGAAUAAAAUCUAACACCUUUUUAAUUCUAUGUGCUAUGCAUUUUGCUAGAAUUUUUGCAUCUUUAUACUGGAUCUUCACAUUUACCACCUGGGUCCUGUUUCAGUAAUAGUGAAAUCAGACCUUCUUGUUGAGUAUCUGAUAGUCUACCAUUUUUAUCGGAGUGGUUAAAACAUGUUAAUAACGGACCUUUGGUACAUUGAAAAAUAUUUGAUAUACCUCAACUGGUAUACCAUCUAGCCCUGGAGUUUUCCCGGACUUGAAGGCUUUAAUUGCAUCGAGAAUUUCAUCCGCUGUAAUUUGGAUUUCACAUUACUCUUUCUGUACAGCUGUUCAUUUGACAUUAUUAAUUGAACAAUAAUCCUUGCAAUUAACUUAGUUUAGUGGAGAUGGAGGAGAUUGAAACGAAAACAUAUGCUUAAAGUAAUUUGCUUCCUCUUUCAAAAUAUUGUUUGGUGGAUCAUGGGUGACAUUAAUUUGUAACAAAUUUCAGUAAAUUAUUUUUGGUAGCAUUUCUAUUUUGAAGAUCCGCAUAUUCCAUCCAGUUCGCUUUAUUUUUUAUAAUAUAUUAGACUUGAUCUUUCUUGAAUAAGGUCCUCCAGUUCUUUUUGUUUUUCCUCUAACUUAUUAUGUGCCUCUCUAGUACAGUUUGUAUUGCUAUCUAUCUGUACUCUUAGUCCCUCUAUUUCCUUUGUUAAUAUGAACACUUUUCACCUACGUUUCUUUUGUUUUAAAUAUGAGUAUUGAAUUGCAUGGCCUCUAAAGGCACAUUUAAAAGGAUCCCAUACAACAAGGGGAUCUGCUGUACCUAUGUUAUGUUGGAAAAAGUCUGUCAUGAAUUCUUCUGUCUUGGUUAAAAACUAGUUGUCAUCCAAUAGGCUUUGAUUACAUUUCCAAUAUCCUCGCCCACUUGGAAAUUCAGCAAGAGUAAUGUACAUGCCAAUUUUUUGAUUCAACUUUUGGUGCCAGCGAGAAUGACAUAAGAAAGUAGUCAAGACGACUAGCUUGAUUUAGCCUCUGCAAUGUAUAUCUCACUAGGUCAGGAUAUUUAAGCCUCCAUAUAUCCACUAGUUCCAAUAUAUCCAUGAUAUUUGUAAUUCCCUUAAGUGCAUGAGGGUCCAUUGAGGUAUUUAAAACCGUAUUAUAAUCUCCCACCAUAAUAAUAAAGUAUUGUAUUGCUUGUAGGCUUGAAAGAAAAUUAUUUUCAAAGAAGCGUGGAUCAUCAUUAUUUGGACCGUAUAGAUUAAUGAGCCAAAUCUGUUUAUGGUCCAAUAACAUAUUUAAAAAAAUCUGUCUACCUUGCUGAUCUGUUUGGACAGUUUGCACAUUCGGAUCAAAAUUAUUAUUAAUUAAUGUCAUCACCCCUUUUGAUUUUCUUUGCCCAUGGGAGAAGUAUAUCCCCCCCCCCCCCAGUCCUUUUUCCAUACAACUUCAUAAAAAAUUGUUGAAUCAGUUUCCUGUAAACAAUAUAUAUUAUAUUCCUUCUCUUUUAGCAGGUAAAUACUGAAUGUCUUUUCAUAUUAUCUGCUAAGCCAUUACAAUUAUAACUGGCUAUACUUAUUUCACCAUUUACCAUAACGAGAUACAAGUUUUAAUUAUAUUUAUGCUAAUAUAUGUUUGUAAACUUACCAUUAAAAAGUACCAUGAUGGUUGUGUAUCCAUAUAGCUGUACCAUGAUAUUUGAACUGCUACUGAGUAAAUCUCCAAUUGUUCUCCAAUAUCCACUAUUCCAUCCGCUAAAACCCUCCCCCCAUCCCAAGUUGGGUUGUUGUCCCCAUGACUGGCAGACCACCCCUGUACCCCUGGAUCCUAGGGCCUUUGAGAGAUAGGGACCCAUCCUUUAGAAAGAGCACACAGUGGCACCCACAGAACAGCAGCAGAUUAACAGCCAAAGGCAUUUCCAACGCACUCACCUCCAUUAUAUUGAAUAGUUAUUUUAUAUAUAUAUAAAAAAUUAUUGAAUAUCUUUAUUUAUUCCACAAUUAAUGAAUAAUACCGCGUAAUGAUGUAGGCACUUCCUAUGAAGGAUUGUUACCUAUAACCAGGACUGGCAUUACAAAAAUCACAUUUUUGGCAAGCUAUUAUUGUGAUUCAACCUACCACUAACAUCAUUACCCCAUAGCAACAGAUGUGGGAUACAUACACACACACACACUCUCCCCACCCUUCCCCCAACAAACAACCACAAGCUCAGAUGUUCAACAGUUGUUCCAUCCCGGAGCCCAACUCAAGAGAAGGCUUGACGUGUGAAUGCAUUUACUGUUGUAGCUGUUUGAGAAGGCCUGCAAAAAUUGAGCAAGAAUGGGGAAAUUUGAUUAACCAAUGUCAAGUCCUAGCUGAUGGAGCUUAGAUACACCCCCCUACCCUGAAACACACACACACACACACACACACAGACACUGGUCCCCCGUUGUGAGCAUUUUCCCAAGCAUCUCCGAGCAGUCAGACCAUUUGAUUAUUUUGUGCCGCCAGGGCCACAAUAAUUUGCCCCCUCUUUGAUUGUCCGAGUUUGACCCCCUCCCCAUGGGUUACUGCAGCCAGUGUUGCCAGCACUGCCACUACCUGGGUGGGGGUACUCCACCGGAAUCCCCACCGGCUAGGUACGAGGUCGUCAAGGUUCUCAUUAGCAAGCUUUGAGAAUUUCCUUGUAUAUUAUGCUCACCCAUUCGGAGGCUUUGGCUUUGGUGGACCAACCCUGCCAGGCAGGCUCAGAAACUUGAGGGGGCAGUGCUGCUUUAGUGGGUCUCUGACCGCGGUGAUCUUUCUUUCAGUCUCGGCUGUGUAUAGGCUACUUGCAGUAGGCCUAUAAAACAGAUAAGGACUUCUCCUUAGUGUGUGGGUCGCUCAGGUGGGUGUCUAGGAUAUAGGGUUGGGGACCAUUCAAUCAUGAUAGGACAAUAAAUAAAUAAACUAUUUACCCAUUAAUUCUUAAAGAAUAUAAAAUGCCUCAUGAGCUAAGCAUGACCUGUAAGUCCUUGCAUUCCUGAAUGUAGCUUUAAAAAAGGUCCAAUGCAGCUGUUUUUAUCUCAAUAUCAAAUAAUUUAUGGGUAACAAUUAAGUACCUUACGAAGAUUGUUUCAAAAUUAAAAUAGUGAAAAAGAAACAAAAAUAGCUUCUUAGCAAAGAGCAAUUUCUCAAGCAAGAAUUUAGCUAUGACUGUCUGGGAGUGGUCUUAGUGGGGAGGUGAAAAUUGAAAACUAGCUCUUAUUGGCAGAGAGGUUUGGAACUCUUUCUUAUUGGUCUAUUAACUAAUUUACUGCCUGGUGAUGUCACCAGGCAGGUCAAAACGCCAUCCCACCAAUUUCAGGCGAACUUUUCAAACAGCUCUUACGCUAAAAGGGCAUUCUCAUUAUUUUCACAAUUUCACAGGAUUAUUCCAACCUCAUAGUGUGGAAAUGUAUAUAAAACACAGGACAAUCAUGAUUUUGACUGCACUGGGCCUUUAAGCAUGUCACUCACCAUGCCACUCUGUCCUUUCUGUUGACCAGAGAUGCCAUCUUCACCAUCCAGUACAACAUCCGCUCAUUCAUGAAUGUGAAAACCUGGCCAUGGAUGAAGGUGUACUUCAAGAUCAAGCCCCUGCUGAAGAGUGCCGAGACUGAGAAGGAGCUGGCUAACAUGAAGGAGAACUUCGACAAGAUGAAGACAGACCUGGCCAAGGCUCUGGCCCGCAAGAAGGAGUUGGAGGAGAAGAUGGUGUCUAUUACGCAAGAGAAGAAUGACCUGGCACUCCAAGUUGCAUCUGUGAGUGAGAAAUGAUCCUCAUAAGGUCACAUUUACAUACACAAGAAUACACAGAUGAGCACACAUUUUUAUUCUCCAUGUUAUACAUAUACACACACACACACAUAUUUACAUAUAUAUACACAUAUACAUAUAUACACACAUAUACAUAUAUACACACAUAUACAUAUAUAACACAUAUACAUACAUAUACAUUUAUACACACAUACAUAUAUACAUUUAUACACACAUAUACAUAUUUACAUUUAUACACAAAUAUACAUAUAUGUAUACAUAUAUAUACAUACACACAUAUACAUAUAUAUACACACAUAUACAAUAUAUAUAUAUAUAUAUAUAUACACACACACACACACACACAAUAUAUAUAUAUAUAUAUAUAUAUAUAUAUAUAUAUAUAUAUAUAUAUAUAUAUAUAUAGCACCAAUCAAAAGUUUGGACACACCUACUCAUUCAAGGGUUUUUCUUUAUUUUUACUAUUUUUUAAAUUGUAGAAUAAUAGUGAAGACAUCAAAACUAUGAAAUAACACAUAUGGAAUCAUGUAGUAACCAAAAAAGUGUUAAACAAAUCAAAAAUAUAUUUUAUAUUUGAGAUUCUCACAAAGACACUUCGGUUGGAACCAAAACAUCACCAAUUUGGACACCAGACCAAAAGGACACAUUUCCACCGGUCUAAUGUCCAUGGCUUGUGUUUUUUGGCUCAAGCAAGUCUCUUCUUCUUAUUGGUGUCCUUUGCAGCAAUUCUACCAUGAAGGCCUGAUUCACGCAGUCUCCUCUGAACAGUUGAUGUUGAGAUGUGUCUGUUACUUCAACUCUGUGAAGCAUUUAUUUGGGCUGCAGUUUCUGAGGCUGGUAACUCUAAAGAAUUUAUCCUCUGCAGCAGAUGUAACUCUGGGUCUUCCAUUCCUGUGGCGGUCCUCAUGAGAGCCAGUUUCAUCAUAGCGCUUGAUGGUUUUUGCAACUGUACUUGAAGAAACUUUCAAAGUUCUUGAAAUGUUCCCUAUUGACUAACCUUCAUGUCUUAAAGUAAUGAUGGACUGUCAUUUCUCUUUGCUUCUUUGUGCUGUUCUUGUCAUAAUAUGGACUUGGAUUUUUACCAGAUAGGGAUAUCUUCUGUAUACCACCCCUAUCUUGUCACAACACAACUGAUUGGAUCAAAUGCAUUAAAAAAGAAUGAAAUUCCACAAAUUAACUUUUAAGAAGGCAGACCUAUUAAUUGAAAUGCAUUCCAGGUGACUACCUCAUGAAACUGGUUGAGAGAAUGUCAAGAGUGUGCAAAGCUGUCAUCAAGGCAAAGGUGGCUACUUUGAAGAAACUCAAAUAUAAAAUAUAUUUUGAUUUGCUUAACACUUUUUUUGGUUACUACAUGAUUCCAUAUGUGUUAUUUCAUGGUCUUGUUGUCUUCACUAUUAUUCUACAAUGUAGAAAAUAGUAAAAAUAAAGAAAAACCCUGGAAUGAGUAGGUGUGUCCAAACUUUUGACUGGUACUAUAUAUAUAUAUAUUUCAUGAAUUUAUAUAGAUUUGCUCUGACCUCUGACUAAAUCAAAUCUAUAUGUUGAUACACAAAGUGAGGCUGCUGAUUUUUCUCCUGUUCUGAAACCAGGAAUCAGAGAAUCUGAACGAUGCUGAGGAAAGGUGCGAGGGGCUCAUCAAGAGCAAGAUCCAGCUGGAGGCCAAACUCAAAGAGACGACUGAGAGGCUGGAGGAUGAGGAGGAGAUGAAUGCUGAGUUGACUGCCAAGAAGAGGAAGCUGGAGGAUGAGUGCUCUGAGCUGAAGAAGGACAUUGAUGACAUGGAGCUCACCCUGGCCAAAGUGGAGAAGGAGAAGCACGCAACUGAAAACAAGGUCUUGUGUCUUCCAUAGACAGUCUAACCAAACAAUAAUCAACUCAAAACAUAAAAUAGCUCAACAGAAAUGGAAUUACAGUUAUAUUGUGUGUGCAGGAAAAAUGAAGACACAAAAUAGUAGAAUAGUGGUACUCUCUCCUCCUCUCACUCCUCCGACCUCUCCUCUCUCCUCUCUCCACUCUCCGCUCUCCGACCGCUCCGUCCGACUCCCCUCAUCUCCCGCCUCCAUCCUCUCUUCUCUUCCCUCUCCCCAUCCUCUCUCCCCCCCUCUCUCCUCUCUCUCUCCUCUGCUCCCUCCUCCUCUCUCCUCUCUCCUCCUCAUCCUCUCCCUCUCCCUCUCCUCCCCUCUCUCCUCUCUCCUCUCUCCUCUCCUCCCCUCUCUCCUCUCUCUCUCUCACCACCCCUCUCUCCCUACAGUAAUUGUAUGUUCAGAUCCCCCUCGUUUAUGACUUCCAUUCAGUACACUGGCAUUGAGUUCACUGCCAUCUAGUGUUGACUCUAUAGAACAGUACUUGUUGACAUUUCUAAUCUGAAUGAAAUACAUAUCAAACCAAUUCUCCCCUUCAUGGUGAAGUGACCAAAGGCUAAUUUUGGUGUGGCCGUUUUCAGGUUAAAAACUUGACAGAGGAGAUGGCGUCUUUGGAUGAGAGUGUUGCCAAGCUGACCAAGGAGAAGAAAGCCCUCCAAGAGGCCCACCAGCAGACACUGGACGACCUGCAGGCAGAGGAGGACAAAGUCAACACUCUGACAAAGGCCAAGACCAAGCUGGAACAGCAAGUGGACGACGUGAGUGGAGUUUGGCCAUGAUAGUAUGUAAGAUGAUAUUAUCUUCAGUUGUUUACAUAAGAAAAAUACAUGUGUGUUUUUAUCUUGUAGCUUGAGGGUUCUCUGGAGCAAGAGAAGAAGCUCCGUAUGGACCUAGAGAGAGCCAAGAGAAAGCUGGAGGGAGAUCUGAAACUGACCCAGGAGUCCAUAAUGGACCUGGAGAAUGACAAGCAGCAGUCUGAUGAGAAAAUCAAGAAGUAAACACAAAUAAAUUAACACAGUAUUACCUGCCAUCUUGAUCAUAAUGGUUGUUCUUGACUAAUUCUUGAAAUUAUGAAAUAGCAUUUACAUAUGAUACUCUCUCUUUACCCUAUCGGACCAAAACCAUCUUUGCAAUCGACGUGUUUGUGUUUCUUAGGAAGGAGUUUGAGACCUCCCAGCUCCUCAGCAAGAUUGAGGAUGAGCAGUGUCUGGGAGCUCAGCUGCAGAAGAAGAUCAAGGAACUCCAGGUACAGUACAGUACCUAAGCUCCUGUACAGGAAAGCACACACCUGAAACAUUUCAUAAAAAAAUAUUCUGGUAGCACACAUUUUUCCUGGUGGCUUGUAGGUUGGAAAAUGGUGCUUCUUGCUGGUGCUUCUUAAUGUUAUGGUUUUGGUUCCCGCAUGGGACACUAUUUACUUAUUAUAUUAGUGUAACUGGCUUUGAAUGAACACAUUUAUGAAAAAUAUACAUACUAUUAUUAUUUUAUGUAUUGUAGUGUUCAUCCCUCCCUGCUCCUGCCCCCUGUUCUAGGCCCGGAUUGAGGAGCUGGAGGAGGAAAUUGAGGCUGAGCGUGCUGCCAGGGCUAAGGUUGAGAAACAGAGGGCCGAUCUCUCCAGGGAACUUGAGGAGAUCAGCGAGAGGCUGGAGGAGGCCGGAGGCGCCACUGCUGCACAGAUUGAGAUGAACAAGAAGCGUGAGGCUGAGUUCCAGAAGCUGCGUCGUGAUCUUGAAGAGUCCACCCUGCAGCACGAGUCCACAGCCGCCGCUCUGCGCAAGAAGCAGGCCGACAGUGUGGCUGAGCUCGGGGAGCAGAUCGACAACCUGCAGCGCGUAAAGCAGAAGCUGGAGAAGGAGAAGAGUGAGUACAAGAUGGAGAUUGAUGACCUCUCCAGCAACAUGGAGGCUGUCGCCAAGGCUAAGGUGAGUAGUGAUGCUUUGAUCAAGCAGUGUUGAGGAGGGUCAACUACAUUACCAUUCAAGUUAACUGAAGUUGACAGGAGUCCCAUAUAUAAAGUAAUGAUGGAACAUGUUUCACUAACAGGGCAAUCUGGAGAAGAUGUGCCGUACUCUUGAGGACCAGCUGAGCGAGAUCAAGACUAAAAAUGAUGAGAAUGUUCGCCAGAUCAACGACAUCAGUGGACAGAGGGCCAGACUCCUGACAGAAAAUGGUACCAUCAUCAACAAUGAACAACAAACCAAUGCUUUCUUUCUGUAAAACACAAUAACAUGGGUUGGGGGCUGUAUCCAGUCCACAGUUUCUACUGGACAAUUCAACACCUAACAUUGCCAUACGAUACCUUAAAAUACAUGUUCAAUCUUAGAGAACAGAGACCCCAUUAACAAGACGUUCCUCUUUCCCUGCAGGUGAGUUUGGCCGCCAGCUAGAGGAGAAGGAAUCCCUGGUGUCUCAGCUGACCAGAGGAAAACAGGCCUUCACUCAGCAGGUGGAGGAGCUGAAGAGGCACAUUGAGGAGGAGGUCAAGGUAAGGGACUCAAAACGGACAUCACCGACUACAGAGUUUAGAGCUUCAUAUAGACGGUGACUACGCCACCCUCAGAGACUUUGUCAUUUGUAAUUUAUCUCCUUUUCUCUCUUACAGGCUAAAAACGCAUUGGCCCACGGUGUCCAGUCUGCCCGCCAUGACUGUGACCUCCUGAGGGAGCAGUUUGAGGAGGAGCAGGAGGCCAAGGUAGAGCUGCAACGCGGCAUGUCCAAGGCCAACAGUGAGGUGGCUCAGUGGAGGACUAAGUAUGAAACUGAUGCCAUCCAGCGCACAGAGGAGCUGGAGGAGGCCAAGUGAGUCGCACUCAACAGCAAAAACUCAAACAUACGGUGUGGAUGGUGAGGGUGGUAGGGGGAUCUAAGAAAAUAUUACGUUGAUAUGUAUUUUAACAUUUGUACACCCUCUGUCGUCCAACAGGAAAAAGCUGGCCCAGCGUCUGCAGGAUGCUGAGGAGACCAUUGAGGCAACAAACUCCAAGUGCGCCUCCCUGGAGAAGACCAAGCAGAGGCUGCAGGGAGAGGUGGAGGACCUCAUGAUUGAUGUUGAGAGAGCCAACGCAAUGGCUGCCAACCUCGACAAGAAGCAGAGGAACUUUGACAAGGUUUAAAUGAAUAAACCUCACUCUAGGGUGAUAUUUUCUGUCUGCUAUAUGAUCAAUUGUAAUAUAAUUGUAACAUAUUUCUGAUUCCAAACUUCAUCAAUGACUUCUAAUGGAUUUUCCUAGGUUCUGGCAGAGUGGAAGCAGAAGUAUGAGGAGGCUCAGGCUGAGCUGGAAGGAGCUCUGAAGGAGGCUCGCUCUAUGAGCACUGAACUCUUCAAGAUGAAGAACUCCUACGAGGAGGCUCUGGAUCAUCUGGAGACUCUGAAGAGAGAGAACAAGAACCUGCAACGUGAGCAUUUGACAGCAGUUCUAUUGGGCUCAUGUUUGACUAGUGUUUUAAAAAUGGAGGGAACUGUAAUCAACAUUUAUUACACCAUUUUAGAACAGUAUUAUACUUACUUUAUUAUUUGAACUUGUAAAUCGGUAUUCCUUUGAACAACCCAAGGAUGUAGCAGCACUUAGAUUUGCAAGACCGUAUGAAAUGCUGAUUAAUUAAUUAGUAUGAUUCAAUGUCAACUUCAGUGUAAUGGCGGUAUCCACUGAAAAUCUCCCAAGUCUAAACUGCUCCUGUGUUUGUGUGUGCAGAGGAGAUCUCUGACCUGACUGAGCAGAUCGGAGAGACUGGCAAGAGCAUCCAUGAGCUGGAGAAGGCCAAGAAGACUGUGGAGACAGAGAAGUCUGAGAUCCAGACCGCUCUGGAAGAGGCUGAGGUACAAACUACAGCUGUUUGAUUGGAAAAAUAGUGUUAUCCCCAUGAGCUUUUGCAGAAGCAGCAGCUACUCUUCCUGGAGUCCACUAAAAACACAAAACAUGACAAGUAACAAAACCCUGAUAGACAAGGACAGUCACACAAAUUUAAAAUACGAUAUACAAACAAUACAACUAAAGUGGUACACUAGCCAAUGCCAGCUACAGUCCAACACUCCCUGUAUUGGUGUUUAUUGUAGUCAUAUAUAUUUAAUUCCUUGUGUUAUACACAUCCAAAUGUAUUGAUCACAAUUUGCCUGACUGCUUCUCUUUGUUCAGGGAACACUGGAACAUGAGGAAUCCAAGAUUCUGCGUGUGCAGCUGGAGCUGAACCAGAUCAAGGGUGAGGUGGACAGGAAGCUGGCUGAGAAGGACGAGGAGAUGGAGCAGAUCAAGAGGAACAGCCAGAGGAUGAUGGACUCCAUGCAGAGCACCCUGGACUCUGAGAUCAGGAGCAGGAAUGACGCCCUGAGGGUGAAGAAGAAGAUGGAGGGAGACCUAAACGAGAUGGAGGUCCAGCUGAGCCACUCCAACAGGCAGGCCGCUGAAGCCCAGAAACAGCUGAGGAACGUCCAGGGACAGCUCAAGGUAAAGGGACUGGGGAGGGAUUUGCUUGUAAAUCUGUAGAAAAUUAUAGCACAGAGGAAUUUAAUAGAGUUAACUAAUAUGCUGUAGAAAAGGUAGGGAUAUUGGGGAAAUUCUUACCAAUGAGCAUUUCUAUCACCCAUCCUAUCACCUCUACUUCCACCAGUCCUAAUGAACCUAUGUCAUUGUGAACCCCAGGAUGCCCAAUUGCACCUUGAUGACGCCGUCCGCGCCGCAGAGGACAUGAAGGAGCAGGCAGCCAUGGUGGAGCGCAGAAACGGUCUGAUGAUGGCUGAAAUCGAGGAGCUGAGAGUUGCUCUGGAGCAGACAGAGAGAGGCCGCAAAGUGGCUGAGACUGAGCUGGUAGAUGCCAGCGAGCGUGUUGGACUGCUGCACUCUCAGGUACGUGUCAAAAGCCAUUAAUAAUGAAGCUAAACCAAGCAUACCGUUUCUGCCUUGUGACUUGAAAGUUCUCUUGAGAUUCAAGAAAAUUGUCUUCCCUCCUCCAGAACACCAGCCUUCUGAACACCAAGAAGAAGCUGGAGUCUGACCUGGUGCAGGUGCAGGGAGAGGUGGAGGACAUCGUCCAGGAGGCCAGGAAUGCAGAGGAGAAGGCCAAGAAGGCCAUCACUGACGUGAGUCCUUAUGAUCUAUUCAAUUACAGCAACUUGAUUUAUAUCCAAGGGCCAAUGGUAGCUGGGCUGGUUUACCACAGCAAAGAUCUCACAGGGACGUUAUGAUUAUUGCCAAUAAAUUAAACAAACUACCAUUCCAGGCGGCCAUGAUGGCUGAGGAGCUGAAGAAGGAGCAGGACACCAGCUCUCACCUGGAGAGGAUGAAGAAGAACCUGGAGGUCACGAUCAAGGACCUGCAGCACCGCCUGGAUGAGGCUGAGAAUCUGGCCAUGAAGGGAGGCAAGAAGCAGCUCCAGAAACUGGAGUCCAGGGUGAGUUAAUAGCAGGGUGGAUUAGAGAUUAGAGAUUGAAAGACUGAUUGCUGGAAAUGUAUUUGAUUAUAUACAAAUACACAGGAGCAUUGAGUAAUGACUUUUUAUCUCACCUAGAGAAUGAAAAGAUGUUGUUAUCAUUACAGACCCCCUUCAAUUAAAAUUGUAAAAGUACAUAGGAACAGACAAUCUGAUUUGACCAUCUCAAACAAAUGCCUACGUACAUUUUUUUCCACGAAGGUGCGUGAGCUUGAGAAUGAGGUGGAGGCUGAGCAGAGAAGAGGUGCAGAUGCAGUCAAAGGAGUCCGCAAGUAUGAGCGCAGAGUCAAGGAACUCACCUACCAGGUAAGAGAAAGUACCUUCUUCACAAACUUGACACUAACACAGACAGGUUUGUGUAUAAACUAUGGGGCAUUGAUUCUUUGAUCUUCUCCCACAGACUGAGGAGGAUAAGAAGAACGUUAGCAGACUUCAGGACCUGGUAGAUAAGCUGCAGAUGAAAGUCAAGGCCUACAAGAGGCAGACUGAGGAAGCGGUGAGUCACAUACUUAGUCAAAUACUCUGAAAGCAUACAUUCAAAAACAUGUUAUUUCCUUAGUAGACAUUAAAAGUUGAAGUAAGUUAGUGCAAGUCAUUGCUGAAGAACUUCUGCACAUCUCUGAGCGCCUCCUAUGCCUAUGUGUUAUCAACUUAAAGGAGAGAGGAAUAUUCAUUUGCUGUACUGGGGGCUGGUCUAGUGGUAGUACUGUACUGGGGGCUGGUCUAGUAGUAGUAAUGUACUGGGGGCUGGUCUAGUGGUAGUACUGGGGGCUGGUCUAGUGGUAGUACUGUACUGGGGGCUGGUCUAGUGGUAGUGCUGUACUGGGGGCAGAUCUAGUGCUGUACUGGGGGCUGAUCUAGUGGUAGUACUGGGGGCUGGUCUAGUGGUAGUACUGGGGGCUGGUCUAGUGGUAGUACUGGGGGCUGGUGUAGUGGUAGUACUGGGGGCUGAUCUAGUGCUGUACUGGUGGCUGAUCUAGUGGUAGUACUGUACUGGGGGCUGGUCUAGUGGUAGUACUGUACUGGGGGCUGGUCUAGUGGUAGUACUGUACUGGGGGCUGGUCUAGUGAUAGUACUGUACUGGGGGCUGGUCUAGUGGUAGUGCUGUACUGGGGGCUGGUCUAGUGGUAGUACUGGGGGCUGGUCUAGUGGUAGUACUGUACUGGGGGCUGGUCUAGUGAUAGUACUGGGGGCUGGUCUAGUGGUAGUACUGUACUGGGGGCUGGUCUAGCAGUAGUACUGUACUGGGGGCUGGUCUAGUGGUAGUACUGUACUGGGGGCUGGUCUAGUGGUAGUACUGGGGGCUGAUCUAGUAGUAGUACUGUACUGGGGGCUGAUCUAGUGGUAGUACUGUACUGGGGGCUGGUCUAGUGGUAGUACUGGGGGCUGGUCUAGUGGUAGUACUGUACUGGGGGCUGGUCUAGUGGUAGUACUGUACUGGGGGCUGGUCUAGUGGUAGUACUGUACUGGGGGCUGGUCUAGUGGUAGAACUGUACUGGGGGCUGGUCUAGUGGUAGUACUGUACUGGGGGCUGGUCUAGUGGUAGUACUGUACUGGUGGCUGGUCUAGUGGUAGUACUGUACUGGGGGCUGGUCUAGUGGUAGUACUGGGGGCUGGUCUAGUGGUAGUACUGUACUGGGGGCUGGUCUAGUGGUAGUACUGGGGGCUGGUCUAGUGGUAGUACUGUACUGGGGGCUGGUCUAGUGGUAGUACUGGGGGCUGGUCUAGUGGUAGUACUGGGGGCUGGUCUAGUGGUAGUACUGUACUGGGGGCUGGUCUAGUGGUAGUACUGUACUGGGGGCUGGUCUAGUGGUAGUACUGGGGGCUGGUCUAGUGGUAGUGCUGUACUGGGGGCUGGUCUAGUGGUAGUACUGUACUGGGGGCUGGUCUAGUGGUAGUACUGUACUGGGGGCUGGUCUAGUGGUAGAACUGUACUGGGGGCUGGUCUAGUGGUAGAACUGUACUGGGGGCUGGUCUAGUGGUAGUACUGUACUGGGGGCUGGUCUAGUGGUAGUACUGUACUGGGGGCUGGUCUAGUGGUAGUACUGUUCUGGGGGCUGGUCUAGUGGUAGUACUGGGUGCUGGUCUAGUGGUAGUACUGUACUGGGGGCUGGUCUAGUGGUAGUACUGGGGGCUGGUCUAGUGGUAGUACUGUACUGGGGGCUGGUCUAGUUGUAGUACUGUACUGGGGGCUGGUCUAGUGGUAGUGCUGUACUGGGGGCUGGUCUAGUGGUAGUACUGUACUGGGGGCUGGUCUAGUAGUAGUACUGUACUGGGGGCUGAUCUAGUGGUAGUACUGUACUGGGGGCUGAUCUAGUGGUAGUGCUGUACUGGGGGCUGGUCUAGUGGUAGUACUGUACUGGGGUCUGGUCUAGUGGUAGUACUGUACUGGGGGCUGAUCUAGUGGUAGUGCUGUACUGGGGGCUGGUCUAGUGGUAGUACUGUACUGGGGGCUGGUCUAGUGGUAGUGCUCCUGGAUCACAUACUGUGCCUCUCAUAAGUUUUCACCCCCUUUGUUAUGCCAAGCCUAAAUAAGUUCAGGAGUAAACAUUUGCUUAUCAAAUCACAUAAGCUCUGUGUGCAAUAAUAGUGUUUAACAUCAUUAUUUUUCAUACAUUAUUUUUUAAAUGUUCCACUUUGACAUUCCAGAGUAUUUUGUGUAGAUUGUUGAAAAAAAAGAAAAUACAUUUAAAUCCAUUUGAAUCCCAAUUUGUAACAAAAUGGGAAGUAAUCCAAGGUGGGUGAAUACUUAUGAUAGACACUGUAUGGAGGCAGCAGUUUGAUCCCCCAUUUCACCACUCAGUUUCUCUGCUGUAUCAUCUAUCUCCCUAUUUACAUUGCUAUCCUAAAUCUGUCAAUAAAAAACAACAACUUUAAAAUACCUUUAAAAAAAAUACUAUUAAUUUGCUACUUGAAACGUUGAAUGCUUUUCCUCACCCAGGAGGAACAAGCCAACAGCCACAUGUCUAAGUUCAGGAAGGUUCAGCAUGAGCUGGAGGAGGCUGAGGAGCGUGCUGACAUCGCUGAGACUCAAGUCAACAAGCUCAGAGCCAAGGCCCGCGACACUGGAAAGGUACAGAGCUGCUGCUGAACCUGUACCUGACUAAAUGAUCACAUAUGGCCACAUCAACACCACCUAUGAUUCAGUCUUCACAGAGGUCAAUACCAAACUUUCACACAAACUCAAAAUGUAUUUAAGAUCUCUAAGAAGGACAUUUCAGGUAGGGCAAAAAAUAAAUAGAUUAAUUCAAAGUUGGUACUUAAAAAUUGAAAAAUCUAAGCUUAACACUGAGCCUUAAAUGUUUGAUCCCAUUACAUUAUUUCCAAAUGUACAUAUAUUAAUAUAUUUAGCAUGUUCAUUAUUAAUACUCAUCCAUUAUAUUCUUUCUUUCUUCUUACAGGGCAAAGAAGUUGCUGAAUAAACAAGACGAAAGUCUUAUAUCCUUUUCCUGUGUUGCAUAAAAUAUGAUUUUCAUGGUGAAAAUGAGCAUUGAUUAAAAACAUGUAGACCUACAUACA